AUGUCUUCCAAAAAAUCUAAAGAAACUAAAACUACACUUACCAAUGAACAAAGAAAAGAUAUAAUUAAGCACAAAGAAAAAAAUCCUCAAAUUAGUCAAGCUGACCUCGACAGUUGGGUAAAGCAAACAAUGGGUCUAACAGUUCAUCAAACUACUAUUAGCCAUUUAAUAAAGAAUAAAGAAGAAAUUAGAAAAAAUCCUAUAGCGAAAAGACAGAGAACAGUUCAACACCCAAUCCUACAAAGCCAAGAAAGAAUAAUCCUAUCUAAUGAAAUUAUAGUCAAAAAAGCAAAAAGUUUUGCUAAAUCGUUAAACAUACCUGAAGAUAAUCACAAGUUCUCACAUAGUUGGCUAUAUAAGUUUAAACAAAGACACAGAUUAAAAAGAAUAACAAAACACGGAGAAGAUGCUUCUGUAGAUGAAAAAGUUAUCAGAACUGCUAUUCCUGACCUAAGAGAAACUCUAAAAGAUUACAACUUGAAGGAUAUAUAUAACAUGGAUGAGACUGGAUUUCUAGAGCCAGAUACUAUGCUAGCAACUUACGAGUCUAAAAAAGAUAAUAAAUUGGAUAUUCUUACCACUAUAAAAUUCAUUGUUCGAGGAUGGAGAGAAGUGUCAUCGAAAACCAGAAAAAAUUGCUUUCAACACACAGGAAUUCUUCCAUUAGUUCAAGAUAAUGACGAAGAACCUACCACUAAUGAUAAUGAUGAUGAUAUAAUGGAAGAAUUUGAUGAGGAAGAUGACAGUGUAGACAUGCCCCAAAUUACUUAUAAGGAAGCAUUAGAUGCUAUUUACCAGAUAAAGCUAUAUCUUAUACAACAAGACCUUAAUUAUGUGGUUCAAACAGAACAUGACGUAGCUUUGUCAAAAUUGUAUGAGUUAGUAAAAAAGCUCCAGAAUGCUUCGUUUAAACAAUUAAAUAUAGAAACUUUCUUUGAACCAGUUG